GAGUGACCUGCUGUCGCAUUGUGCGUCUGUCGCAGGAUUUUAAUGUCACACACUCGUUUCUUUAGCCUUUAGCUGGACGGCUAACCGCCGGUUAUCAACAUGACGCUCAUAUUCUGUUAUUAAACAGAAAUUAAAGAAUAUAUAGGGCUGAAUGGGAUAGACGGCAGGCCUUUACGUGGAGCCACUUGAACCAAGAUGCCUCAGAACAACCUCAAAAGCACUCAUUACAUUGAGCUGGGCAGCUACCAGUACUGGCCCGUGCUUGUGCCCAGAGGGAUCCGCUUGUACACCUAUGAACAGAUCCCAGUGUUUCUGAAGGAGAAUCCAUACAUCACAGAUGGAUACAGAGCACACCUGCCAUCAAAACUGUGCCUCAAAAGCAUAUUCAUUCUGUCCAAUGAGACGGUGAACAUCUGGAGUCAUCUGCUUGGGUUCCUGCUGUUCUUCUCGCUGGGAGUAAACGAUAUGGCCACUGUCCUGCCGUCUUCAGGGGCGUCACGAGAGGACUAUGUGAUUUAUUCAGUAGGACUGUUUUGUUUUCAGGUUUGCAUGCUGUGCUCUGUGGGCUACCACUUGUUCUGUUGUCAUCGCUCGGAGAAGACAUGUCGCCGGUGGCUUGCUCUGGACUACGCUGGAAUAUCCGUGGGGAUUUUGGGAUGUUAUGUGCCUGGAGUCUUCUAUGCCUUCUACUGCAACAGUUUUUGGAGGCAGGUGUACCUGCUGACGGUGCUGGCUCUCAUACUGGCUGUGUUUGCAGCUCAAAUUCAUCCGCUCUACCUCACACAGCAGUGGAAGAAACUGCGCUCUGUCAUGUUCUGCUCGGUGGCCGGAUACGGCAUUAUCCCAGCCUGCCACUGGGUCUGGCUCAACGGAGGAUUUGACUCUGAAAUCGUAACGGUGUUUUUUCCUCGAGUCAUGAUCAUGUAUGUGAUCGCUGCCUCAGCGUUCCUUUUCUACGUCAGUAAAAUCCCAGAACGAUACUUCCCAGGCCAGCUGAACUAUCUUGGUGCCAGUCACCAGCUCUGGCAUGUACUGGUGGUCGUCAUGUUCUACUGGUGGCACCAGACCGCUAUCUACAUCAUGAACUACAGACACAGUCAACCCUGCAGCAGCGGUUAAACAUGGUUAUAAAAUCACCUGAGCCAUUUUGUUUGGCAUUAUUUUAAGUUGUGCUAACAGAAUCGAACAAUGAAACCUUACCUCUCAUUUGCCUUUGAACACCGUACCGUAGGGUUACGUGCAAUGAAUAUCAUGUUUCAUGCAAUCAGUUGAGUUUAUCUGCCUGAAGAAAAGUUUCAUACACAUUCUCUGCUGGAUAUACAUUGCCUUUGUCUAUUACUUUAUGUAUUUUGAUUUCUAUUGAGCCUUUUGCCCGUGGUAUCAUUGGGAUUGUGAAACUAUACAUGCUGUUAAUACGUUGCCUCACUUUUCUGGAAUGUCCAUAAUUUAAAUGACCUUAACUGUCACUGUUUUGUGACUGAUAAAUUGUAUGUUAGACAUUAAGAUACUGUAAUUUUGUUACUUUUUUAACUACUUGUUUGGUAAAGGGAGUUGUUUUGCUGUAUGAAACACACAGAGUUCAUGUAUAGCAGCACUGGACACUGGGAGUUUAAAUGACCAAGCAAGCAUCUUAAGUAGGCUACUUUAUGUGAACAAUGGCAUAAUCAUAAUACUUGCACUGAAUUGAUUAUGAAUAUGUUACAGAACCUUUUGUGUGACUUUCUCCAAUUAACGUUACACACCUGGUCCUUUUUUAAAAUUCUGUUAGCUGUUUGAUUUUCCUUUUUUGAUAUUUUAUAUUUUGGAAAUAAAUUGCCUGAAUGAAUAUCUUAA